ACAUAGAUUUAAAUACUGAAAUGCGCAAGAAAGCGAGAAACGAUUUCGAAAAGGAUUUUUUUAAACUUUUAAAUAAUGCUGUUUUCGGGAAAACUAUGGAAUCUGUAAGACGGAGAAUAAAAAUGGAACUUGUUUGUAAUGAAAAACGUUUACAAAAACUCAUAAACCUUACGACAUUCAAACACUGUACUACAUACAAUGAAACUCUUAAUGUCGUAUCAUUGGAAAAUAAAUUUAUUGAAUUUUGCAAGCCUAUUUAUAUAGGUUUUGCAGUGUUGGAAAUUUCAAAAACGGUCAUGUACGAUUAUCAUUAUAAUGUGAUGAAGGCGCAUUAUGGAGAUAAAAUUGAGCUCAUGUACACAGACACAGAUUCACUGGUAUAUUAUAUUCAAACUGAUGAUUUUUACAAAGAUCUGGAGAAUAAUUCCAAUUUACUCGAUCGAAUGGAUACAUCUGACUUACCGCAAGAUCAUCCGUGUUACAUUGCCGAACGAAAGAAAAUUCCAGGUCUGUUUUCCGAUGAAACAAAAUCAGAAAUAAUGACAGAGUUUUGUGCUCUCAGAGCCAAGUCUUAUGCAUAUAAGAUCAAUGGCAAGGAGAGUAUCAGGGCGAAAGGAAUCCGUGGACAUGUGGUCAAAAACCAUAUGAACUUUAAAGACCAUUACAGAUGUCUGUUUGGUGAAGCCGGCGUCGGGAUAUAUAAAGAAAAUGUAUCGAUACGCUCGUUCAAACAUAAAUUGAAGACCAUUAAAACAAACAAAUUAACUUAUAAUAGUUUCGAUGACAAGAGGGUUAUACUUGAGGAUAAAAUACAUACCUUGGCUCACGGACACUACUCUAUAAAGUGA